GAUUGAACAUGAAGAAAACAAAUGCAUAUACGACUCGCAGCCACGAGUCAAAGACUCGCCUAACAAGUUUCCACUCAACGCCUAAAAAAAUAUGCGAUUGCAGGAACGGUAACAUGCUAUGUUCACAUCUCAACGCCUAUAAGUAGGUCUUCUCCAUUGCGCUGUUGGCAACACCACAAAAGCUUCCAGCAACAGCAAGCAUCGGAGCCAGCUGAAGAAGGCUGUGGUGUGUAGAACGCCUCAGUGACCAUGAAGAGCAGCACGCUGCUGGUGAUCCUGUGCCUCCAGACUGUUCUGGUCAUGGGGAUCUUCUUCGCAGCUGUGGCUAAAGAAAAUGCGGUGGGCGAGAGCAAGGCCAUCGACAUCAACCCGGGGCAGCUCAAAUGCUGCACCAACUGCAACUUCUCCUUCUCGGGGCUCUACACCUGCGACGACGUCGUGAAGAAGUGCGACCCCGUCUGCAAGAAGUGCGCCGUCGUGCAGACGUACUCGGGCAAGCAGUUCAGGUGCACCGACACCUUCCUCGGCAUGUGCGGCCCCCCGUGCAAGAACUAAAGUACACCGAGAUGACCUGCAUGCAGCUUCAUGAUUGUGAAAACUGUGUUCUGUGCUUGGGCAUGUUUUGGACGUUACACGUGAACAAUAAGCCGCGCGCUGUUUGCAUAUAUAUAAAGUAGGUCUUCUCCAAAUAAAA